AGUUGUUGACAGUAACCGGAAAGGGAAGCAGCCGCUUUGAGCAAUGCGGUUCCCUAGGCACUCCCCCCGGCGCUGCUGUUGCUCUCUCCCUUUGUUUCCCAGCGGCUUUUUUUUUUCUUUUUUGUUCUUUCUACCUCAUUGUCACCCCUGGACUUUAUGGGCAUGUUAUUUCCACUUUUCCAGUAAGAUUCACCUCAUUUCGCGUCUGGUGGAGUGAGCGUUUCCUGGGAACUUUUGGUUGUCUGGUACUCUGCGCUUGGACUUGGCGCGGUUUUUAUUGUUUGUUUGGGACAGGGCCUC